AAUGUCCAUCACCUAGACCUGGACAACUCAGUUGGAGCCUCUGAGCACUAAUGCAUCUUUCUGGGGGUCUGUUUUCUUUAGGUGUAUGGGGAAGACACCAUGGAACCAGGCAACCUCACCUGGGUAUCAGAAUUUGUCUUCCUGGGACUCUCACAGACUCGGGAGCUCCAGCUCCUCUUGUUCCUGGUGUUCCUGUUUGUCUACACCACCACUGUCAUAGGAAACCUCCUCAUCACGGUCACGGUGACCUCUGAUUCUCGGCUCCACACACCCAUGUACUUUCUGCUCCGAAACCUGGCUCUCUUGGACCUCUGUUUCUCCUCCGUCACUGCUCCAAAGAUGCUGGUGGACUUGCUGUCUGAGAAGAAGACCAUCUCCUAUGAGGGGUGCAUGGCCCAGCUCUUCUUCUUCCACUUUCUGGGAGGUGCCAUGGUCUUCUUCCUCUCAGUGAUGGCCUAUGACCGCCUGGUUGCCAUCUCCCGGCCCCUCCACUAUGUCACCAUCAUGAACACUCAGCUCUGUGUGGGGCUGGUGGUGGCUAGCUGGGUGGGAGGCUUUGUCCAUUCCAUCUCCCAACUGGCUCUGAUGCUCCCACUGCCCUUCUGUGGUCCCAAUGUCCUAGACAACUUCUACUGUGACGUUCCCCAAGUGCUGAGACUCGCCUGCACUGACACCUCCCUCCUGGAGUUCCUCAUGAUCUGCAACAGUGGGGUGCUGGUCCUCAUCUGGUUCCUCCUCCUCCUCCUCCUCUCCUACUCCGCCAUCCUGGUGAUGCUGAGGGCCCACUCGGGGCAGGCGAGGAGGAAGGCAGCUUCCACCUGCACCACCCACAUCGUCGUGGUGUCCAUGGGCUUCAUCCCAAGCAUUUACCUCUAUGCCCGGCCCUUCGCCUCCUUCCCCGUGGACAAGGCCGUGUCCAUCAGCCACACGGUCAUGACCCCCAUGCUCAACCCCCUGACCUACACCCUGAGGAACCAGGAGAUGCAGGCAGCCGUAAAGAGGCUUGGGAGGCACUGGGUGCUUUUUAAAAGGGAGUGACAGUGAUGGGAUCACUUCUCUUUGGCUUUGUUUUCCAUAUGCAUGUGGAAAGAGAGCUGCCAUAUCUUCUGUCUUCAUACCUUGUGGAUAUGUUCUGAGGGUCAUUGAGGCAUGAAUGAGUAUUGAAACCCAACCACUUCCUCAGAUUUUUAGAAAAAAGGAAAAUAUCUUUUCUAUGUGAUGGAUGAUUUGAACACUCCAGUGACGACAAGAUGUGUUGUCAUGGAGACCUUCCAAAAGCCACACCUCUUUUCUUCCUUCUGGAUGGACAGUUUCCUCUUAGGAUGACAGCAUUUCCCCAGAGGAGCAGUUCUGCUGUCUGUAUUUUGACCUCUUUUCUCAGCACCCCAUUUUGGUGUGAGUCUGGAAGGCAGAGUCUUAAACCUUAAAAUAGAGACCCCAACCUAUCAUUUACUAAAACAAUGACCUUGGAUGAACCACCUUGCCUCUCUUGGCCUCAUGACUUCCUCAAAAAUCUCACUAAAAUGAACAUCUGACCCCAAACCUCCCCGUUUUUUUGUAAGAAUCAAACCCCUCAAAAUUGUGAGAAAACAUUAGGUGAAGCAUUUAACUGUAUUUUACUUAUUUUCAAGUUUGUAAUUGUC